GGCCCUGGGAGUGACGCUGUGGGAACUUUUCAGUGGCGCCACGAAGCCUUAUUCUGAGCUCUCCGAUGAGGAGGUUUUGACACGAGUCAUCAAAGAAAAACAAGUCAAGCUGUUGCAACCACCACUCGAGCAGCCCUAUUCUGAUCGAUGGUAUGAAGUUCUGCAGUUCUGCUGGCUGUCUCCGGAAAAGCGAGCCACCUCCGAGGAAGUCCACAAGCUUCUGGUCUACCUCUGCAUGCAGAUUCAGAAGGAUUCCGUCAUCGAUCCCGAACAGUGGGAGGACCUCAAGCCCAACAUUUUAAACCGAGAACCGUUGGGGAGUUCCGCUUUUCCCAUCCUGGAUCAUUUCACCGGCAGCCGAUUUGGCCGCGAGAUGGAAGAGGUCCUCACUGUCACCGAGACAAGCCGAGGACUCAACUUUGAGUACAUCUGGGAGGCAGCCAAACACGACCACUUUGAAUGUAGCCAGUCAAACCCCGUCGACAACAAGACUUACACGAACAUCUUCUUCCCGGUGGAGGUUUUUGAGAACACGCUGACUGACCAAGGGCCUGGAGCUCAGGUUGAAAGUGGACAGGAAGUGUCCCUUCUGGUGCCUGGAGAACUUCCCGUGUUUAACGCCCGCAAACCUUCGAUUGGAAGUGAUUAUUACAUCCAGUUGGAAGAAAAAAUUGGAGGCCUUAGGAACAUCAAUUUUGACCACCAGGUGGCUGAAUUGACCACUGAAGUGGACAACUCUGAAGUUCUGAAAGACCAAAAUUGCCACGUGGUGGUUCUAGAACACUGUGCGGCUGAAUCUAGCACAGACGGGGAUAUUUUCUGUAGCAGUGCGGAUCCCAAGGAAGAGAAUUUACAGGCUCUGCUUAGCCCUUCCCAAAACGGUGGCAUCAUCACCAAAACUGAACAGUUGGCAAAUGGAGUCAGUAGACUCGAUUUAGCUGACAUAAACGAUAUCCGCCUGGAGCUGGAAGCGAUUUCACGCUUGGACUUUGAGGAAUCUACCCAGGGCUUGCCCAAGAAGAGAAGCUCCUCGCCCACCUUUCAAAAUGAUUUCUUGCAAGAAGACGCCUCGCAGGAAUCUGAACUUAGCCGACUGACUUUAGAGGAACUGUCUGAUAACUUCCUUUUUCUCCAGGAGAAUAAUUUAUUGAAGGGGACCCCGAGGGGCGGAAGCGGUGGCGAUGUCAGUAGAGCUCGCGACCAAGCAGAUAAAUUAGACCCAGCAAAUAUGAACUCUUUGGGAGUUGAAUGUAACCUGAGUGGAAAGGUUUGUGACACUAACGAGGAUCUUCUUGGGCGAAUAGGGACAUUUUCUGGUCUCCCUGGGGUCGAUAAGCAGCUCCUAUUGUCCUUUUUCAGCCCGGAGAAAAGCCCUUCUAACAGAGAAGUUGGAGUUAACUCUCCCCACAAUGUUGCCGCUUCUUUCCUUGGAACGGAACAAGUCUCCGAAUCCAGUUCCACGGAUAUCCACUCCACCCGUGUCCAAAACCAGACCGGUGGCGUCCGCUCCUGCCCCGGCGUUUCACUCAAUGCUGAAGAAGGAGAGGAACAUCAACAGGAACUUCAACACAACAGUCACUCCUGGGAGUUGACCUCCGAUUUAAACCCCGAGAAACCCGAACGAGAUCGCGCCGACAUUCUGAAGGAAAGUGACAGAACGCCUCCAGGGGAAAGGUACGACCCAGUGGGUCGUCUCCCCACAGAUCGCAUCAGCCACGAUAGCCUCCUAGAAGACAGUUCAUCAGGUUCAACCCCGAGCCUGGGACAACUGGUAGACACGCCAGACUCCUUCGAGACAUUAGACAUGAACGAAGUUUUAGAAUCCUUCGAACCGGAAAGCCCCCGGAAAUGUUUACCCCCUGAUAAGCCCGCCGACAGCGGCUACGAAACGGAAAACCUAGAAUCUCCUGAAUGGACUUCCCAUCUGGUUGGCAGCAAUUCUGGUGAAUCGGGGGGAAAUCUCGUGCAGGAGAACCCCGCGAUCAUCGUGUCAGCGGACGUCAAUCCUUACGCCGGCCCGACAAACAUGGAUAAUUUUGAAACCACUCCUCAGGCAGCUUUGGAAGGUGUCCAUAAUUCAUACAGAGACUCGGCCUACUUCUCCGAUAACGAUUCGGAGAUUGAUAAGAAAUCUGAGGCUUCCAGUCUACCGAAAAGGCCAACAGUAUUAAUCAAGGACCACACCGAUUCCUUUGAAGUGGAAAACGCUGGGAAUGCAAAAAAUCCUUCAAAUGUCAGUGAAGUCACUAAUUAUCAGUUCGUCAAUGACUUGGCCUCACAGCUGGAGGCGGAUGGAGGAGUAGAAGACCGCGAGUCGGACGAAAGAAAGCAGGAGUGGCUUCAUGACGCCGAAGAUAAGACACCGUCACUGCUUGUCCCUGACCUAGAACAUACAGAUGAGGAUGAAAUAUAUGAGGAUUUCCCCAAAAGCGUAUCUUGCAUAGGCACCAGUACAGCAGAUUUUUUCCCCGAGGGUGAUCCAAAGCUCAUGCCCGCCUUGUACGAUGCUCCCGAACACUUUGAGAAAUCCAUACUGGGCCACCUUGAAGGCCAUAAGUUGAAAGAGCCCGAUAUCGAAGGGAAGUAUCUUGGGAAGCUGGAUGUCCCUCGGUUGCUGGACCUCACCUUAGACGAAGAGGACGCCGACGAGGAAGAUGGGAACAGCGACGAUUCGGAGGAUGAUAUGAAGAGCUUCAACCUUCACGGGCUCAGCUCGGACAGCGACGAGGACAUCAUGGUGUACCCCGUGCCAGAAAUCAUUAGCGAUAGAAGUGAUGGGAAGCACUUAAGGAGCUUGCUGAAACAGCCAAAGCAACCCCAGGAGAACCACUCGACCGAUGCCUUUCAGAAGAAUGGGAAAAAAGCAGUCACAUUCUUUAAUGAUGUCACCUUAUAUCUUUUUGAUCAGG